GGGUGCUCUCUGAGUUUGAGCAAGGCUUUGUGAGGAUGCCUGCCAAUAGCCGCGGGCAGUUUCCAACCUUUGGCUCACAGACUGGUUUUAACCCGUCAAGAUUAUCUUCUGAUUCCACCAUUGUCACUGAAUCCGCCACACCUUCUCAAUCUGACGGCCAGGAGUCACAAUCCCCAAUGGAUACUUUGAACGCCCCACCUUACCAACCUCUCCGCUACCAACUUCCGGGAGCAUUAAAUGCAUUGAGCAGCUCACCUGAUGGGGAAUAUGUAGUAGUUGCUGGACGUGAAGUCCUAAAAGUGCUGCAUGUUACGACGCAGGAGGUUACCGAAUAUAUCAACCUACGAACCGGAAGCAACCUUAGUCUCAAUUAUAGCAGCAAUGACGUGAAAUGGGGAAAUAACGCAACGAAAAACAAGAUUGCAACAGCAGCUACAAACGGAGCAAUCAUUAUAUGGGAUCUCAACAAAAGCGGACGAAAGACAGAUCGUGUUAUAUCCGAGCAUACCAGAGCUGUCAAUCGAGUUUGUUUUCAGCCCAAUAGUGGAUUCACUUUAUUGAGUGCCUCACAAGACGGUAACAUAAAAGCAUGGGACUUGCGAGACCCAAAAUCGUUGGCUAAGUACAGCUACGAAGGAAAGUCUGAAAGCGUCAGAGAUGUCCAAUUUAAUCCGUUGCAUACGUAUGAAUUCGCUGCGGGCUUUGAGACGGGAACUAUUCAGAAAUGGGAUAUGCGUAACCUAAAACCUAUAUACGAUCGAAAAGUCAGCGCUCAUAACGGACCUUGUUUGACUGUGGACUGGCAUUCCGACGGUAGAACCCUCGCCAGUGGAGGCAGAGAUCGGACCAUCAAGGUGUGGGACAUGAACUCGGAUAGCAGAAAACCACAGUAUACCAUUCGCACCAUGGCAUCAGUAUCACGAAUACAAUGGCGUCCUGGAUACGAUAAUGAAAUCGCAUCAUGCGCUUUGUUAUCAGACAACGGUCUACAUGUGUGGGAUGUAAGACGGCCCAAUAUUGCAAAAUAUACGUUUGAUGAGCAUAGUACAACGCCAACAGGCUUCCAAUGGCUUUCGUCCGAUACCAUCAUCUCUUGUGCGAAGGAUCGCUAUUUUAUGCGACAUGACAUUGUUGGUGCCUAUCAGCCUAUCGAACUUUUACGAAAAAAUGGUAUUGGAUGGAACAUUCAUGGUGAUCUUGUCUUCUCAAUUGAUAAGAGUGCUGGAGACUCUUUUGUAGAUGAAAUCUCGACUCCCGGAGUGACCAGCCCAGCGAACAGAAAACAACGUAGAUCAAGAACCAGCACAGGAGAUGAGAUGCCACUGCAAUAUAUACCCCCUCAAACUUGUGGAAUUGCUCAUCUACCGCUAUUUGAUUAUGAAACCUUCUCUGUUUUUGCACAAAAUUACGUGACAUCUGGCGAAGACAUAAAAAUGGCUUGUGAAACCAAUGCAAAGAUUGCUUGGAGCAUGCAAAGAUUCAGAGCGGCACAAACGUGGAAGAUUAUACAGUUAUUAUUUGCCGACAUGGACGAUGAAGCCAGUAGUUCAGUCAAUGCAUCAGAUAAUGGCUAUGUUAAAGCACUGGAAGAUAAUACGGUAAACGGCACUGAUGCGGCAAGUGAGACGGACUCAGAAACAUCGUUAAGGCAAGGAGGAAAUGAUUACAAAGAUCAUGAUGAUCUCUCAUCGUCAUCAUCAGAGAGCAAUGAGAUAUCUAGUAUGUCACAAAAUCAAGAAAUCGUCAAUGAUUUACUCUCAUAUUACACCGAACAGAGCGACGUUCAAAUGUGUGUCACGCUAUUUCUUGUCAUCCAGCAACACGUACAUGUUGGAUUAGAGCAACUGGAGGAUUGGUUUACAAGCUAUAUAGAUUUGCUACACAGGUUCAAGCUAUGGACUUCUGCUACCGAUAUCAUCAAUGCUUGUCCGAUAGAAGCAGUCAGGACUAUCAAUAUGAAUGCCACUACGAUAAAUAUAGCGUGCAACAAUUGCUUUAAACUGGUACUGAGUACCGCUCGAGCGUCUUGGGCGUGUGAUAAGUGUCACAAGCUUUUGAACCCUUGCUCGCUAUGCCAUCAAACAGUCCGAGGGUUGUAUGUAUGGUGUCAAGGUUGUAACCAUGGCGGACACUUGGAGCAUAUGCGAGACUGGUUCUCAAAUAACUCUCAAUGCCCCACAGGCUGUGGACAUACUUGUACUUUGGAUAUGAGCACUCGUAGUCAUAGCUAGAAACUAGUUAUAACUAACAAUGCUUUGUAUAAUGUCUUAUUAGAUAAUGGUAUUUUUUUUUUUCUCUGUUGUUUCUUUUAAAUUUGCCAACCCAUAUGCUCAUCCAGUUAGCGUAACUGUGUACU